GUGAUAAGACUGAAAAAAUUCUACUUUUUACUCUAAGUCCAACAGAUGUACAUUCCAUGGCAGUUGGGAAUUUGUCCAACAUUCCAGGGAGCAUUGAUGAAAUGAGUUUGUUUGGAUUCAAUCCAGAGAAUGUUGCUUGACGUGGUUCAAAGAUCUCAGUUGCAAACCAGCCACAACAGAGACAGAGAUAUUAUAAUUAUACCAA